UGCGGUUGAAUUCCUACUUACCCUACGCCCCGCCAUGACAGAAUAUCUUCACAUUUACACCGACCGCGGACGCCUCUCGUACCUCCCUGAGCACCUCCACGAUUCUUCACGUGCAAGACGCGGCUUCUUCCAGGGAAGAAAUCGUCGACCCCACCGCAUUCACAUUGCCCACGUCGGCCCCGACCCGUCGCUCUUCCGCCGCCAACCAAACAGCAAGUCGUACAUAUUUGAAAAGCUGGCGGGCCCUCGAGAUAACGCCAAACGUUUCCUUCGAUCAUUCAUCGACACCCAUUUUACGUCUUCCGACCGACAACCCUCCAAUCGCACGUCUCCCAGAUCUUCCCUAAGCAGCGCGAGGGCGUCUCUUGCUUCGCCUCCCGAAAGUCGGAGGUGGUCGUGGGCAACAGGCGAGAUGAGAACAAGUCCGAGAAACUCAGUCCACGGAUCGUUGGCUCCGCGACCUGCGUUAGACGGGCAUCGUUCCUCUAACUGUGCAAGGUCGUCGGCCAAAAACCUUGCGAGCAGUGCCGUCCAGAUACUCCCAGAAGACAAGCCACUAGCCUCUGGUAAUGGCAUCAAUGUCGGCAUUUCGCUGACAGAGCCGGUUCUCUUUCUCCAAGGGUUCGAGCAUACAGAAACUUCAGACCGAAGUACGGCAAUGCUUCGUGGCAGGCUGCAUUUGCGAGUAACAAAGCCCUCCAAGGUUAAGGCUAUCACUCUGAAGUUUCGCGGUAAAGCGACAACGAAAUGGCCUGAAGGUAUCCCACCUAAGAAAGUUGAUUUCGAGGAAACGGACACCAUCAUGAGCCAUACAUGGCCCUUCUUCAAUGCCCAGUUCCCCACAGCAGAGGCUGGCCCCGGUGCUGAUCAUGUUGAGCUCUACAAGAGCACGGCCAUGAACGUGACAGGUCAGGGUGGGCUGUUUGGGAAGUCACCGAACAACUCAUCGAUAAACCUCAGUACCAAGGAAUCGAAGCGACUAUCCCUCCAAGUGAGCCAAUCGCGAAGUUUCGGCAGAGGCGAAUCUGCAACCAAUGGCCCGUCUGUCGCACAAAAGGGCUACAGGACCUUUAACCCGGGUGACUAUAUGUACAAUUUUGAGUUACCAUUAGACAGCCAUCUCCCUGAGACUAUUGACGUCGAGCUUGGAUCCGUCAAGUAUGAACUGGAAGCUAUUGUCGAGCGUGCUGGUGCAUUCCGUGCCAACCUUGUAGGUACCAAAGAAGUGACGCUCAUCCGCGCCCCGGCUGAGGGGUCCUUGGAACAAGUCGAGCCCAUCGCGAUCAGCCGAAGUUGGGAAGACCAGCUGCAUUACGACAUCGUCAUUUCUGGGAAAUCAUUUCCCCUAGGAGCCCAGGUGCCCAUUGCCUUUAAGCUCACUCCACUGGCAAAGGUUCAGUGCCAUAGGAUCAAGGUUUUCGUUACAGAAAAUAUAGAAUAUUUCUGUGCGAACAAGCGAGUACACCGCAUGGAGCCAGUCCGAAAAGUACAAUUAUUCGAGAAACGGGCUGAUGGCCCCCCAACAAGCACGUUUCCUGGAAGCUCUAUGAGGAUCGUGUCCGGAGGUGGUGUUCCGUAUGACCAAAGAGUAGCUGCAGCACGAGGCCAGGAUGUACAAGUGCAAGAUCCCACCAAUCUCUUGGGCGAUCUAAGCGGGGAGGUGAACAUAGGACCUACCGAGAUGGAGUUCAACGUUCAACUCCCUAGCUGCCACAACAUGAAGGAUAAGGACAAAUCAGCAAGGUUACAUUUCGAUACUACGUAUCAGAACAUUCAGGUGCACCAUUGGAUAAAGAUCGUUAUGCGUCUCUCCAAACCCGACCAGAAUAAUCCUACCAAAAGACGGCAUUUUGAGAUCUCCAUCGAUUCACCUUUUCACAUCCUAUCAUGCCAAGCAACUCAAGCGAACACCGCGCUUCCAGCAUAUUCGUCGCCAGAGAGUGCAAGCGAUGCUACUCGAAUGCCUGAAUGUGGGUGUCCUGGCGCACCAGUUCGACGUACUUCUCCGACCAGCUUUUUGCCUACUCUCAACACGCUGGAUCGGGCACGUGAUAACUCAAUGGCUACGAUUCCAAGUCCAGACCUAGCACGCCCGCAGCAGGUUCACAUCGGUGGACCUAACAAUGGGAUAGUCCAGCGACCUAUACACCUAUUACGCGCGCCUUCAUUUAACCCGCCCGCCUUCGAGGAUGAAGAUCCGCCACCACCUUUAGAAACGCCUCCACCCCUUUACGAGACGAUCGCGUCACCUACCAACGGAUUAGCAGACUACUUUUCAAGGUUAUCUGAUGCAUAUGACGAAGACAGCGAAGGAGAGGUAGGGGGCAGCAGAACUCGAGUCGAGAUCCCCCUAACUCCCGGGAGUCGUGUAAAUAGCAGGAGCAUGGAUGAACGGAGAACCUGGGUGCCAGUUGGGCAUUCAUAGGCCCUCGGACCAAGACAAGGAAUGUGUAUAUGACGACAUGAGAUAUGGAUCUGCUAAGGUUUAAGAUUUUAGGGCAUCUAGGUCAGGGGAAAUAGCAUUACUACCAAGAAACUAAUUUCCUACACGUCUGGGCUAUUGUUUUGUUAUUCGGGGAGGUGAAAAAUUUUGGUUGGGAUUUCACUGUUGAAAGAGCGUUCAGGAUGGUCAGGGAGGCGUCGCGAGCACCUGUUUUCCAAGGUU